CCGGCACCCAGCGGACACCGCUGCUCCCCCUCACGCCGCCACCACACCGGCCCCUUACCGCCAGCCCGCGGCUCCCCGCUCCUCCUCAGGCAGGCGGGGAGGUGAGGGGCUGAGGGACAGCCCGCACGCCCACCCGCAGCCAAGGUCCACAGCCACCACCGCCGCCGGCAGCGGGGCCCGGGGCGCACCGGGCGGGCAGGAACUGCGUCACGCACGGCGCGGAAGGGACGCGAGAGCCCAGGCCCCGGGGACGGGACGGCAGCGAGAACCGGGAGCUCGGAGGGAAGGAGGGGACGGAGGAGCCACCCUUCUGCGCGGCACCCACGACCCGGCUCCACCAGCCCCAUGUGCCACUGGGGGCGCUGGCGCUCACGCUCCGGCUGGCACUGUCGGAGGUAAAGCCCGAGCUGGCGUGUUCUGCCUCCGCACCGGGACGGGCGCGGUCAGCUAUCCCCACCCGCUCCGCACUAGCGGGGUGUAGGGUGCCGCGCUAGCGACGUGCGGCCCGGGAGCUCCGCCCGGGGGCCGCGUCAGGUGCAGACGGGGCUGUCCAGCCCCUUUCUAGUGGCACAUCGCUCCCCAGAACACACACCCCACACCAGGCACACACCCCGCGGGCCAGCGCCGCUGCACCUGGGCGCUCAGGGUCCCCCGGGGCCGGUCCUGCCCGCGGCACGGAGGGGAAGGUCGGUGCCGCACCGCCUGUGCCCUGGAGAGGCAGAAAUCCAUCGCGGGGUUUGCGGGGAGCUGAAGGAGUGCCAGCGACCUGCCGGCGAGGAGGAUUUUUGGCUUCUUGGAGAAACAAUAGAAAAUGCAAAACGAAAUAAUAAAGCCUGCUAAAUACUUCUCAGAAGUGGAGAAGAGUGUGCUGCUUGCAUUAGUUGAAAAAUACAAAUACGUGCUUGAGUGUAAAAAAAGUGAUGCAAGAACUAUUGCUCUGAAGCAACGUACCUGGCAAGCACUAGCUCAUGAAUAUAAUUCGCAGCCCAGUGUAUCACUGCGAGACUUCAAACAGUUAAAGAAAUGCUGGGAAAAUAUCAAGGCACGGACAAAAAAGAUAAUGGCACAUGAAAGGCGGGAGAAGGUAAAAAGAAGUGUUAGUCCACUUAUAAGUUCUCACAUCAUAGGGAAAGAGAAGAUUGCCAGCAUAAUACCUGAGCAAAUGUACUUUUUGCAGAGCCCACCAGAAGAUUCUGAAUAUCAGCCUGAUGCUUCUAGUCAAGGACUUUUAGAAUAUGUAGAGCCGUAUUUCACACUGCAGUCCACAUUGGAGAAUGGCCUUUCUACAAAAGAGUCAUUUGUUGUCUCAAAUAGAGAACUUUGUGAUGAAGACAAAGAGCUGGUACAUUUCCCAGUAUGUGAAGGAACCUCCCAGUCUGAGCCUUCGUGUUCUGAUGUCAGAAUAGCAGCAGAUAAGAACUACAGAAGUAAAGCAUCUCAGGAAAGUGCUCUGAAAAAGAUGCAUGAGGAAGAACAUCAUCAGCAAAUGUCAAUUUUGCAACUACAGUUAAUCCAAAUGAAUGAAGUUCAUGUGGCAAAAAUACAGCAAAUAGAAAGAGAGUGUGAGAUGGCUGAAGAAGAACACAGGAUAAAAAUGGAAGUGCUAAAUAAAAAGAAAAUGUAUUGGGAAAGAAAACUACAGACCAUCACAAAAGAAUGGCCUGUAUCAUCUUUUAACAGACCCUUUCCUAAUUCACCUUAGAACAUAAAGAGGCAGAGUCAGUCUGAUUGAGCACAUUAAUGAGUAAUGCACACUGGAAAGAGGGUUUUUUAAUGUGAAUGUACAGUGAGUGACAGGAUAGCUGCCUGGCUGAUAGUGAGCACACUUUGACUCUUUGAUGUUUAGAGAAACAGUGGUAGAGUCCACCAAGGGGAAAAGUACAUUAUUCAUUUGUAGGUAGUUCUGAUUUUUUAACUGUCAGACAUACAGUGUUCUAAAAUGUCAACAGAUUUUCCCCUCUCAGAAUACCGUAACAUACUAUUGAAAUUUAAGGUAUUCUAGGUAUGCUUAUAUUGGGUGUUCCUGAGAAAAUGUAACAGCUUUAAACAUGAGGUUAUAGUGUUUAUUUUGAUUUCUAUCUCUUUUGUCUGCCAUUUCCCAAGCAAAGGCAAAGGUUGGAAUUGCUCUCUGCUAUUGAGACAAAAGAUGAUUGACAGAUAUUGGCUGGAUUGUUAUGCUGGGGCUUAGGAAAAAAAAAACCAACAAACUAGUUAAUGCAGUUCAUAACUUAUUCUUCCUAGAAGAUGUGAAAAUGAAGUAAGUAGCAAAAGGACCACAGAGCCGUUUGCUUAUGAAGAACAGUAUAUUUUCAAUCUGGCUGGCUGAUUGAGAGAAUGGUUGUAGACUGGCCCUCCAAUUGGUUGAGCCUUGACCCAUAAGAAGUUGGAAAGAAGGUGACUUCUUCCUCAAAAGCCAUUGUACUUGUCCUUUCUUUUCCAGGUCCAUCCUGUAUUCAAGUAGAAUACCAAACUAGGAGUCUCAUGCUGCUGCCAGUGCUGUGUGCUUUCCACCUGGAGUCAUUCUGAGGACACGAGCUUUUUAACAGUUCAUAAAGCUCUUCAAAUGUAGUGAACAAGCCAGUCCAUUGACAAUGUCUCCCUGUCUCCCUUUGCAAUACUUGAUGGCAUAGCAGCUUCCUUCAGUAUUCCAACCUCUCCCUAGCUAGAAGAAAAUACUAAGACUCUCCCUCUUUUCCUUCACAUGGUGUGGGAAGCAGUUCAAGGGAAUCAUUCCUGUCUUGGAGCACUGUUCUGUUUUGUUCUGUUCUGUGUUACAGUGCUGUGUUUCUUGCCUUUGCUGUCAGUGAGGGAUGAUAAACACAGAAUAGUUAGGGUUGGAAAGGACCUUGAGAUCAUCUAGGUCCAACCCCCUGCCAUUGACAGUGACACCACACAGUAUACUAUGUCACCCUAGACUCCAUCCAGCUUGGCCUUGAACACUGCCAGGGAUGGAGCAUUCACAACCUCCCUGGGCAACCCAUUCCAGUACAUCACCACCCUCACAGUAAAGAAUUUCUUCUCUGUAUCUGACCUGUACUUCCCCUCUUUUAAGUUUAAACCCAUCCCCCCUUGUCCUAUCACUACAGUCCCUAAUGAAUAGUCCCUCCCCAGCAUCCUUGU